AUGUUCGUUUAUAUUCAAACUGUACUCAAUGCUAUAGAAAAUAAUAAGCGUCACAAAGCAAUAAGCACGUUUGCAUAUCCUUGUUUGAGAUUAUUUGGAGUUAAAAAAAAAUGUAAACGCCAUUGUUUCACUGGAGACCGAUGUGAAAUAACGGAUAAUAAAAUUCUUGUAUCAUUUCAUCGAGAUAUCAUUUUACCAGACUCGUUACUUGCUCAUUUUACUCAAGUGAUUGCCGGUACUCCACCUACAAAUGACAGUACUUUCAAAAGGAUUCCUAUCAAUCAAAACACACUGAUAAUUAAUUGGUCAUAUCCAUUUCACAUUGCCUUUGUUCAAUUUUUCAAUAAACACUACUAUUUAAUUACUGUUCAAAAGAAAUAUCAUCAAUCGACAACCAUUACUCGAGAAAUUCAACCAUCAAAUCGUUGUCCACAUAUAAAUGAAGUAUUGAAUGAGACAAUUGUUAAAUUUCAUCUUCUGCGUCGUAUUAAAUAUUAUCAUUUACCGUGUCAAAGACAUUCAUCACAAUUGUUUUGUUUUUAUGAUGAUAAUCAUUUUUGUUUAUGUAAUAAUUUUGGACAACAAAGUGUAGUCAACUGUUUUGAAUUUAAUUAUACAAAGAAAUUUGAUUGUUUUGGUCAAAGUAAUGGUGAAAAUGGAGCAUAA